CGCUUUGACGAGGAGAUGGGAAAGGUAUGCUCUCUUUUAUUUGCCAAACUGCUCUACUGCUCCACUGACUGGCAGCUGGUAUGAAUACGACCGGGCGGCGGCCCAGCCUGCCAGCCUCUGUAGUCAGUCAGCCGUGCCGCGCUGGACCAACACCGGACUCGCGCUGCACUCUGCCCAUCUAGUAGCUGUGUUGUAGUAGCUGGCGGGCCCUGAUGUGUCCGAACAUCGCUCCAUAACGUUCAGUCUCGGUCUUCUUGCACUGGCAGAAGGCAGCCUCUGGCGGUUUCUCGUUUCGAAUUCACCGCACCCCGUACACUGGCAAUUGGCUGUGCUUUUCGAAUUUCGCGCACGGUUCCCGAAACACGGGUAAAAGUUGACCUAAUUGAUCUGUUCCGCGCGUCCGUAGCACGAUGACUCCGGUUUUCUGUGUCACGAGGGGGAGAGAAAAAAUCUGCGCUGAAAAUUGAGGCAAAAACGUAUAAAUAAUUAUGAACGAUUAAUCGAGUGCGAAAGAGGAGCGAAAAAUAAAACAACAGUGUGAAAAUUGUAGAUGCGAGACAAAAAAAUUGACUAUCGGCGCAAUGGACAGAAAAAAAACACAUAAAUGGUGUGAUUGGGUUCCUCUAGCAUACGGUCGGUUUGUUCGUGUAGGUACAUAAUGCAUACUCGAAGUGUUUUUGCCAUUUUUGUUUACAUGCGGUUUUUCUACGCAGACGUGCGCCAUGUGAAAAGGAGUGGAAAAUAAAAUACGAAAUGCGUGAUGCGCGUAACUCAAUGGUAAAUGAUUGAACCGGUUUUUAUGAUAGUCAAGCCGACUACAGAAAAAGUGCGAUACGCCAGCAAUCAUUCAACGACCGACACUCUGCUCUGGUCUGGCAGUGGCACACGCUGAGUGAAAUGUAAUAACUGACCGUGCUUCCCCGUGCGAAUCGGGACCGGAGCAAACCACUAACCAUCCACCCACAUACAUAACAUACAUAGGUUGAUAGUUAGAUAGAUACAUAUACAUUCUGGUGACACGGGUGACAGUGAGAAUUGGUCUGCAGCUGUGUCUUUCACAACGCUCGGUGCUCGGAGUUUUGCAACAUUUGUCAUCGUGGAGACUCUGGUCCAAGCGUGGUUCUUGGAAUUGUAUCCAUGUGCCAGCAGCGGUGUAGAAUUGAUAUUUUUAAAACAAUUCGAGUGAAUUAUGUUGCCCUGGUGCGUGUUUGUUUUGCAUAAUUAUUUUCCCCGCUGGAGUGUCCCUAGGAUACAUGCUGAAUUGAACAUGAUUUGUCAUGCGAGAAAACUAAUCCGGGAAAGUGGUCAGUGAAAUCGAUUGCAAGUUAGUGCGUGCGAAAUGUUUGACUUCGACAAUCAACUUUAGGAAAUACUGUGUAUUGGACGCACAACAAUAACAAAAAUUCACCUCGAUUGGGUAACAAAUGAAACCGAAUCAAGUAUUUGGUGGAGAAGAAGGUAAACAGCGAAAUUACAAGUGCAGUGAAGUGUUUUGUUUGAAGAAGUGCUAUUACCGAAAGUGGCUUGUAUAGCAACAAUAACUGGAAGUGGAAUAGCGCGCUAGUGCACACGACACGGGCGAAGAAAGACGAUAAAGUCUUUCAAUUUCACUUGAAAACAAAAGCUUUUGCUCGUCUUUGAUGCGAUUCAUGGUCGGUAGAUCAAGGGUUGAAGGUGCUUACUGAAACGUUCCGCUAACAGCAGCGCACCAAAGGACGGUGUGGGGGUCGUAAAAAAGAAAGCAGCCACAAAAAUCACCACCGGUAAGAUAAGUUCUAUUUUAGUAGAGGAAAAAAGGUCGAUUCGUAAUUCAGACGAGUUUAUUUGCGGUGCACCAAAUAGCAGCUACUAGUGAAUACGUCGGAAGAUCCAGCCAGCCAGCCAACAAAAGCAGAUUUUCGCGAUAAAAUCGAAUCGCAGCCCUUGCAAUGAAUUCGGUGUCGGUUUGCGUGAACAGGAUUCCAUGCAAGGGUAAUAAAUAGAAGAGAUUAAAGUGAGCUAGAUUGCAUUUCAAUUGGUUUCGGUCAUGGUUUACGGCUGAUCGCUACCAGGGUGACUACUUAAAGCAGUCUCCUCGGCGGUCCCGACAUGGAAGCAGUGCUGUAGUGGAGCAUUAUGACGACAUGCAAGAGCAAUCCAGAGAACGUCUUAUAAAAACGAAGCUCCACGUGCGUACACACUACCAACCCCCGCCAGGCCUGACCAAAGGCAUCGAAAGCUCGCAAGUGUGGAUCCCGGCAUGUAGCAGACGUAACACUGACUUGAACUUGAACUUCAUCGUGUCGAAACUUGAACUAAUUAAUAAAUUGAACAAGAGUUAAACUGUGGUAAGGCUAAAACAGCGCUUAACCGAUGAAAGCAAAGUGAGAAAUAAAAACAUUUAAACGAACCGACAUGGUGUUUUAGCACGGAAACUUUAAUUGAGGUGAAUGCAGCUCCGUUUCAUAUAGAUUGAAAAAAAAACACGCAAACAAGCGGCAGCGGUAAAAAUAUAAACAUUUCAAAAGUGGCAUCGAAUGUGGUAUUUGCGUCAAUCAUUGGAGCAUAACAGAACAGAACAUCCAGCCGGUUCAAGUAACGCAGCCGCCUGUCCACCACUCAGCCCGAAACACCACUGCGAAGGCGAGAGUGCUUUGGCCUAAGCCGAAGCAUCAACGGUUCGGGUUCGGGUCGAGCUCGACGAGAUCAGCAGAACACCACCACAGUAGAGUCGAUAAACAUACCAACACAUAACACGCAGGCGGCAAGAACCCGAUGUGUAAAGAACAAUAAUCCGUGUAAACUGUGGUGAGAAAAAGAUUUUACCGAGCAUUUUGUGUCUUCGGGUAUCGGUAAAAUCCGUCGUGUCCAUACAACGCACAUAUACUGUGAAAUAGAGAGAGAGCGAGUACGCGGAAGAACUAUAGCAACAACGACGAAGACGAAAAUUUGCCAACAUCCAGUUAGCAGUUAGUCGACGGUUGGCACGGCAGCGGUGUGGAUUCAUUGUUUCAUUCAUCAGAUGACGGCCGCGCGACGAGCAAGUGUUUUCUCGAAAAGCAGUGCUUGAGAAUUGGUUUCCAGUGCGAGCAAAUUAUGAUGUGUGUCUAGGCAAAGAACAAUCAACAAACGAAACAAACCGUCAGACAAAUUAGUGCGAAAAAUAAUGAGCCAUCUAUUAUUGGUGGUGUUAAAACGGAUACAAAAUUGUCGUUGUGUACACACGAAGAAAAAAUCGGUGCAGUGAAUUGUAAAUCAGUUGCAAGUUUUCAUUUCUUCAUCACACGAGUAUGGAAGAGUGACAAGCGAAGUGUUUAAAACCCCCAGACGGGUGAAACAAUGAAACUUCGGUGCCAAACACGGUUCUGAGUGCCGAAAAGUGCGAUAGCUGAAGCGAAACUUUUCGGUUUAUACAAAAUAAUCACACAGAAAAUGACGAAAUCCAAGCUAGCAACGGAAAGUGAAACUCGUGAAGCACAAUGUUAGCCGUUGAUUGCCUGGUCGGUGGAUUACUACUCAGUUCGAUCGGUGUGAAUAUCCUAGCGCUCGGUGCUUUCUGGGUCACUCCAAGUCUUCGAACAACAGCGAAUCGUUUCGUGAUUAAUUUGCUGGUUGUGAACUUGGUAUGUUGUAUAAUUCUUGGCCCAUCGCUGCUGCUGAAUGCAUUUACAUCGAAAUCAGCGCCGGUUUCACCAUCGACGGUGGUGGUGUUGGCCGCGACCACAGCGUCGACCUCAACCACUACAACUGCUGCAGCGGCAUCGACCUCCGGAAACGGCAGCAGCGUUGUUGCAUCAGCCGGACUUCCAUACGCGAUCGCAGUGAAUGCCACUAUCAGUGAAGAUGAUAAUGUACAUAAUAGAACCUAUAGAGUAGUUAAAUGUCGGAACGCCACCACCAUUGGAUGUGAUACUAUAUUGAUAAGAAGUAAUGUAAAUGUUGAAGAUGUGCGGUACGUGAAAUCACAUCACGGUGAUGUAAUCGAUUCCAAACUGACGCUGACAAAGAUAAGAUGCUGGGGGCUCGACUUGGUCGUCGCUCUCGGGGCUCUCUCGGUGCUACUAGUGGUCGGAGAUACCUGGUGUGCCGUUACCGAUCCUUUGCGAUACCACUCGCGAAUCUCGGACUUGAAAGCUUGGGCAUUUAUUGCCGGCACCUGGCUAUUGGGAAUCGCCUUCGGAAUAGCUUCCGGCUUCCGGGGUGAUCAGAAAAACAUUACCCUAUUUAAUAGCCGGCUGACGAGUGCCGAAGCGACAACCGCAUUUGAUGCUAGUCAUUUAAACAAUAAGAAUCUAACGGCGGCCAGUCAGCGAGAUAAUGGCCUAAUAAAUCAUCUCAACAUUUCCGAGGAUCUGUACAAUACAAUAUUCUCCUACACGUAUUUUGUGAUUGUCAUUCUGUUGCCGUUCGCACUUGUGUGCGGCAUGUACUGGCGAAUAUACUCGGAGGCGCGAGAGAGCGGCCAGCGGAUGCGGCAAAAUGGUUCUUCGCCUCUGCUACAAAGUGCACUAAACCUGGCAGCAGUUUCGGCACAGAAACAAGCGGAAAAGCAAGCUGAACACCAUCGCCAGCAACCAGACCGAGACGGAGGGUGCGAUGGGCUGACAAUGAAAAUCGAUAAACAGAUUCAUUAUGAAGAUGAAACCAUCACUGUUAAUAGUAUUGAACACAGCAGUAGUAUUAAACAAAAAUAUUCCUGUCUGAAGCCUUUAUUGCAACAGUCACCGGAGUCUACACCGACACACCAACCGAUACAGCAUGGCGUUGAAGAAUCGUCAAUAGUACAAAUGGUUAAUAGUACCACCGUAGCUUCCCUUUCCAUACCGGCUAACCGGCUUCAAACUUCACUAAAACAGGAAAGAAACCACAGCAUUAUGCUAUCAUCAUCGGAAGCUGGCAGAUUAACCUGCAAGGAUGCUUCAAAUAAAAUUCGACGAAACCACAGUGCUGGUCGUCUAGUUAGCUUCAAUGAGCAAAACCAAGAGCUACUACCUGCCCUACGACAGGUCCAAUCGACUCCGAACUUCCAGAAGCUAGUUCCUUCGGAGUUCGAUCACAUUGGCAAUCAUCACAUCCUGUCCCUGCCAGCGGUUCACGUGCCCCCAAAGGCCCUGAGCUAUAUGACAUCAAUAAGGCAUCGUUUGUCGAACGCAUCUUCGCUGUUCAAAUAUCGUGAAGAAUCGCGGGCAGCUAGAAUCAGCAUUCUGGUGAUAAUUAUGUUUCUCGUGUCGUAUUUACCAUACGGGAUCCUAGUAUUAAUGCAGGGGCAUGUCGAUCUGUUCCUGGUGUCCGACCAAGCUCUACUGGCCAUAUUGACUGUAGUAAUUGCGAACUUGAGCUCGCCCUUCAUCUUUGCCUACAGGAAUAAGCGAGUACGACGAGGUGUUAAGCGCCUGCUUGGAAUCGAUAGAAAAACUAAUGAACGACUACUGAGGCUUACCAGUAGCAAUACUCACUUCAACAACAACAACAACAUCAACAGUAACAACAACUACAGCGCCAAUAUUAGCUUUCAUAACGCAACCAACGGGGCCGACGGAAGUGCUUCCAAUGGUCACAUUUCCACCCACCACAAGUCCCACAAGGUCCGGAUCGCCGGCCUAUCGCGGAGUAAUAGUACGUGUAAAUAUCUCACCCCCAACCACGCGGCAGCCGUGGCCGUCGCCAACGGGUUCAUAGUGGAGUUUGAGCGCUACCCCUCGGAUGAGCUCAACAGUCUGUGCAUCCAGAAGAAAUCGAUACUGAAACGAGUCUGUGAUAGUUCGCGGAAGUGGGGCUGCAACUUUGCCACCAAUUCCUGUACCAGCAACGAUGAGCAAACGGAAGUGUAGCUAUAAUGUGGUAAUUUAAUCUAAAAUAUUUUGUUUCUUCACUUUCUCAUUACGGUGUGCUCAAACGUCUCAUGUCUCUCGUCAUAUCGGUCCGACACUAUAAUACGUCAGCAUACGUCAGGCCAAAAGGUUAUAUUGUCACGCUAUUUUCAAGUAUCCCGAAGACAUCCCACGCCACGCACGUAUCGCACCUUUUACUUACAAACUGCCAGUUUAUGCCAUCAAUCUGUUACCGCCUUUUCCGUGGUUUGACGCUUUUCGGAAUGAUAUAUGUACUCUCGCGUUCCCAGUCUAAAAUGAAAAUUGAACUGUUUUAAUUUGAGUUUUUGCAUUCUAGCAGAUUUGUAACUCAGAUCUGAAUUCAGAUUUUCGGGGUUCAAUUCGAUGUUUUUAGAUUGUAUUGUUUAUUUAUUAUCACUGAAAACGUCAAAAUUUCCGACCCAACUAAUAGUCAAAACACACCAACGAUCCUUAAUCCCACCCUGCCUAGGUCUUACACCAUUUCACUUUUCGAAAUUUUCUACACCCGACUGUGCAUUUUUCGCUCUCUCUCUCUGUCUUUCAACCCGUCACACUAUGCCAAAACGAAAACUUUCCAUCGGAUUCUCGCCGAUAUUUACAUAAAAGACGCAUUAGUUCACGGUGCUACUAAUUUGCAUCCUGUUCGGGAUACCUACCUGGGGUUUACACGUGCCGGACCCUCAGAACCAGCUGUACACUGUAAACAGAGAGAAGUUCAAAUUUUAUUACUGUUGCUAUCGCGUAGUUCUGCAUAGACACACGAUAAGCUAUGCUUCCACUGCUGUUGUAGCGAGACCCCCUCCCGAUCCGUCGAUCGUAAAUGGUCGGGUCGAGUGAAACGGGUUAAAGGAAAACGAUUGCGAUUAAAUCUUUCCCAUUUGGGACUUUAUAAAUUGUUAGAUACACAAAUAGAUAGUACAGUCCAGGUUCGUGGGAACCAUCUGGCGGUCGGGACAGACAAAUUUAUUGGCUGACUAUGGUUGAUUGCGCUGACUACUGCAGAACGUGUGUUUUCAACGAUUGCAGGCUUGGGAUUUCCUGUGUCGGUGAACGAUUGGAACGGCGCGUGUUAGAACACUUGCUCCACAUAGUCUGAUAUCCUUUGUUUUGUCUUUUCAAUCGAAACUUGCGUAAACGUGCCGCCGGCCUGCCUUGACUCACUCACUCGUCAAACGAACGAUAAGGUAGGCAUAAGGCCCUGCAGUCGGUGUUUUAUUGUUUCGUUCUAGUUUACAGCCCUGCUGGUGCUGGUUACAGUGUGCAUAUACCGGUUAUGCUAAUGGGAAGAGACGUCGCUAUAGCGACAAACAUUUCAUACCUCUGCCGCAGGUUUGCUGAUCUUGCUGCUGCAGGGUGCUGCUUUUUGCCUGAAUUCUCUCGCUCUUGCCUUAUUUUUCUUGGCUGCACGUACUGAAUACGACGCGUCAGGUUAAAAAUAAUUCUAGACUAGGAGAGAAAGACAGGCCUCGUUGCACAGCGGGGCGGUGAAUGGGGACCGGGACUCUUGUACGAAGAAGAGGAAUUUCCUCCAGGGCAUAAACGAUGUGUGUGCGUGGCUCCUUAGAGUCUCACCAUUAGCGUUGUGAUUUUUAUAGGAGUAGGUCGGUUAUGGCAGUAUGUAGCUUCGAAAUUACGAGAAAAAAGAAAAAUAUUUUUCAAGCUUUCGAAUGUCUGACAUUUUCUGUCCAUUGUGUCUUGUCUACCAGCUGUUGAUCUUUAGAUCGACAUAUUUAUUGGCAACUGACCUUUAGAAUAUUUCGAAAUGAGUUUUACAAGUUUGAAAGCAUUAAACCCGUGGUAUGAACUGAUUGUGACAAGCCGAUUCGUAAUUCUCUCUUUCUCUCAUAUACACUUAGCUUGCCGGUAUAUAUAUGUUACGGUUCGCGAUCACCCAAGUUUUGAAUUAGCUUGCCAAAAAUCGUGGGUAAAUUAUUGCCAAAAACACUUCCCAAUUACAUUUAAAGAGAGUAGGAGACAGUUCAUCUAGAUCAAACAAGAAAUUUUAAACAUAUAUUUAUCGAUUAAUCUACCUUUAUAAAAUAUGUGUGCAGAAUGCUGAAUUCCAGGCGGUGAGGCACUUAGAACCCCAGAACCGUCUUCACGCAUGGGCAUACUGGGCCAUGGCCAGGGGCCCCGCAAUUUUUGGGGCAUAUAUAAUAUCUUUCUAAGGACUACGUCAGCGAAAAAAUAAAUCUAUAAUGUUAUUUUCGUAUAAUCUCGAAAAAUUUUAAAACUCCCUUUGCAAAAGUGUGAUUGAAAAUUGAAAAUCGACCACACCUUUUGCUUUAAAUCUGAUAAAAGGAAACAAAUCAAACGAUAUUUGUAGACCCUCGAACAUUUAGUGGGAUAUAUUGCAUGUAAUUUUUUUUUGGUCCCAAUAUUUUUGCCACGAAAUAUUUCUAUGAACAUUUUUAUAUUGCGGAAUGUUUCCAAUAAAAGUACGGUUAAUGCGGAAGUGAGGGAAGGAAAGGUUUUAACGGUUAAAAUAGCCUUGUAUAAGUGGGUCUUUUCAUUGAAUUACUAUACAAUAAUGCAACAUUUUAACAUUUUCCUAAUUUUUCAUUGCGGAAUUUUGAAAAAUGGGCUAGUUACAGUGCGGCACAUCGAAAAAUUCGGUGCACAUCAUAUCUCAAAAUCUACUAUGGUGUUUCCUAUUCAAACUGUUUUAAGAGAAUGGUAUUGAAAUUAAUUGUACCGCUCAUAUUAUUAGGUUCGAAAAAUUUCAGAUUUUUCGCUUUGAAACCAUUUUUAAUCGAACAUUGUCUAACCAUUAAGGUACCAUUUGUACUUUCAAACGGUGAAAAUGUUAAUUAUUUUUAUAAUACAAAUUUAUUCUCCGUCGGUCUCAUUUCGCACUAAGGACUUCUCACCGACACCAGAGAGGCGACUCCACCAUCCUAAACCAUUGGCGCCAUCUUCGAAAUACUAAUUUGCUCAAUAGGUGACUGUAUUUGUAGUUCGAAUUUUCAAGUUCGCUUUUUACGCCUCCCCAGUCACAAUAAACGAAUGCACGAAACUUCUGUCGGAAUAUAUUACAAAAAUCUGCCUUACCAGCAAUUCGUGCAAAAAGUGACAUCAUUUCAAAGAAUCGUUAGUUAUAUUACUGCAGUAAAGUAUACUAACAUCAAAAAUAAAUGAAUCUCGAGGCGAUUGACGCAUCUAGGUUCAACAUAAUAUUGAUUGAUUUCAAAGUUUGUAAUAUUCAGCCAUCUGUAAACGAAGUGUAAUAUUGAUUAGAAGAAAAAUCGGGAUUAAUUAUAAAGUUAGAAAUCGACUUUGUCCAAUUUCAUCAUAUCAGAAACAUUGAGAAGGUGAUAACAACACUGAACAAAACAAUGUAACUAUUGUGAGUCCCGUAGUCUAAGUUGUGAAAUACAUACGUUUCAUAGCAUUAUCAUGUUUGGAUCGUAAGCAAAACAUAUAUGUUUAUGUUGAAUUUCAUAGGCAAGAUUAUAACACAACGCAAUUGUCAUAAUUUAUUUCAAUAUUUAUUCCUUUACCAACCAUUAUUUCCGAAUGUUGAAAACUUGUAAAAAAAUACCGAAAAACUCAAUUUUCAAAAGAUUCGACCACAGCUCGUUCAUGUUUGAUUGUCACUCAUUUUAUGUAUGCCGCAAAUCAUUUACACUAGAAUCAUGAAAUCAAUUGAUACUAGGUGUUUAAACGUGGUGUAUCUAUUCAGGAGACGAUAUAUCAACACUAGUAUACUGAGGAGACAAUAAGAGCUGUACCAGUCCAAGUUCCGCCACGACAUACACUGUAUGAUUGAACAAGCCAAUGAAACAAAGAUACUUUAAUGAUCUGUUGCUGUUAAUGAUUUUUACACAGACUUAUUGUCAUUUGUCAAGAAAAUCAGUGGCAUCACUUGCUUUAUUGUCCACUAGCUUGCCUUUCAUUUUCUUAUAUCUCCUGUAAUUUGUGUCUUUUCCGCUUUGUGGUCUGAGAAUUUUCACUUUGCGUCUCACUGAUGGUAGAAUUUCUGUCGAACAAGAUCCCUUAUAAGAGACUUCCAUUUAAAACUAAACACAUUGAACUCAGUUGGACCAUAUUUGAACUUCUGGUGCAUCACAAUUAAUCUGUAUUCUAAAGAUUUCGAAAGAGCUUAAGUAGAAAUAUGCCGCCGUGCUUUCAUAUAUAUAUUUUUGCCCAGAUAAGAACAGAUUUUUUUAGCAUGCCUGAAGCAAGCGAAUAACAUUACUGGCGACAAGUAUUUGAUGAAACACUACCACGACAACAUGCCCGCCCACAAAGUUGAGAUCGAUAGUGUGGUCACCGAUUCAAGAUUUUCAUUAGUGCGGGUAAUGCGAAAAUUUGGAAUAGCAAUUGCUUACGAGAGGACAAAAUUAUAUCUCCCUUCAAACUCGUAUCGGCGAUGCAUUGCACCAAAUAUAAGCAAAUGGGCCACUGUAGCAAUAAGACCCGGUGUGGCAAGUGCGCUUAGAUUCAUUAGUAUGACUUUUGCUCCGCGAACAAACAGCGCUCGGUGAAUCUGAAGCGUUUCUUAAAAAAAAACGCUCUAAGAACUCUUUUGCAGAAAUACUUAAGAGCGAACUACGUCAUUGAAUACGAUAAAUCAUUAUACUCUCUUGGUUCAGGAAGAGUGUGACUCUGACGAUCCCCUUGUGGGACAUGUUUUAUUACUCCUGAGAGGUCUGUAAAGGGCAAGAAUUUUUUCUUGGGAGCCCGCCAAAUAUAAUGCCUAAAGGAAGCGCUGACACAAAGCCAAAGCAAACAGCCUCUGGUCUAAGAAAUUAGAAAUCAAACGAGGAGAUUCCAGCACUUCCGGGAACACCAAAAGUCUCAAGUGGAUGAACAUUUCAACCACAGAUUCAGCCGGUCUGAUUCGGCCUACGUUGAGCCACGGCUAUUUUGUGUUUUUGCGGAAACGCUCUCGGUAGCCAGGAGAUCUCAAUGCUAUUCUCUUCCCGAUGAUAAUCGAUCUAUCCACAAUAUUUGGUAUAGCUUUAAGGAGCGUGAAGCUUCGAUCAGUAAGAACUACGCUAGGAAUGAACGGCAUGACUUAUUAUAUUUCAUCGAAAAUUGUCUCAGCAUUUUGCUGUAAUUUUCUAAGUGCGUAUGCGAUUGGUCGCUGGCGCUAAGGUAUUUUUAAAAGGUAUAUCCUAGAGAAAUGCAACACUUGGCCGAAUAUGGUGAGGUUGCAGCUAAACUUUAUUGGCGCCAUAUUAGCAAAUAUAUUCAAAGAGUUACACUUGUCCGUCGAUCUGUUUCAGUGACUGUUCAGUACCGUACUCGGACACCAAUAUUUUUUCACACACUUCAAAUGUAUAUACUUAUCCGGCGCAAAAAACUAAAUUUGUCUUUAUUCUUCUUAAGAAUCCGUUGAAUAUCGAUUAUAUCCGGUUAAAAUAAGACUUUUCAAAUCCCUUCUUCGCAUCCAACUAAUGACAUUGAAUUAACAUCGAACGCUUUCAUCGCCACUUUGUACCCUUUUAAAAUUUACGCUCAAUUGAUACAUUCAAUGUAUCUAGGUUUUCAAGUCAUCUCCAUGACCAAUUGCUUGGAUUCCCUUUCCAAGUUCUUCUCAAGAUUCGAUACUGUCUUGGGCUGCAAAAAGUUGUGCAUAAAUGACCAUGACUAGCUAUCAGUUACACUUAAUUCGGUUAGUAGUGAACGGACCAGGAACUUGAACUUGUCACGAGUCGAUUUAGCACAUUAUAGAGACUCGUUUUUUUUGUGCAAGCAAUUAUUUUGCGGAAUCUGCUACCGGUUGACAAAAAUCAUUCUCGUAGGUGAGUGCAGAGUGUUUAGGUUGGUUAAAAGAGAGGAAUUGGUUUUAAUUGAAAUUUUUAUAUUAAAUGUGAUGUGAGAUGUGAUUAAUGUGAAAAUGUGGAAUUUAUUAGUGCUGAUUAUUAUAUGGUGAAGUGAAUUUCGAUUGGAGAAGCAAAGAAGUAGUCCAUAUUCCACGAAAAUAUUUAAAAUAAAUAAGUAAAAGAAAUUAAGGUUCAUGUCACCCUUCUCUAAAACCCAUGAGUCUAACAAAUAGGAAUGUAAUUUUCUAAUAAAUCGAUAACAUUCAAAUCUGAACUAUUUGUAGAUCUUGUUCCAAACAUGAAACAAGCUGCCUAAAAUAAAAGUCUGCCUUACCAAUGUUAGUAUACGACGCCUUCGAUUCAAUAAAAAGCUUUUUAAGACCUUGAGCAUUUUCUAAGAAGAUACAAGAUAGAAAUACUACGUUUCUCAUGGUUUUCGGUAGGCCCGUAGCCUGCGGUUGGCUGGAUUGGCUGGAUUGGCCUCCGCCAAGGGGGGCGCCGAAAUCAUCAAUUUUAUGGAAUCAUUGGAAUAAGGAAGGUACACAUUAAGUCAUUGUUUGCAAGUCGCAGAAAUUCGCAAGUACAGAAGCCCAUGCUACGACGCUGUCAGUCCCAUCCAGAUGCACAAUAAAUGGUAUUGUUCUCCAAUGUAAAGUGUAUAUUGAGAGAUUCACUGAAACGUGCACGCCGCACCAACUGCACUUGUAUAUGCUUAUUUGCGCUUGAAAUUAAGUAAUGUAGCGGUAGUAAUAAGCCUCCCAUUUUGGUUUAAAGGCAAGGACAACAAAACAGAAUUUGAUUGAUUAGUUUAACUCAUUUAACUCAUUUAACCAAUUUUAUCAAUUCUGUAAUUUAAAAAAACUUUUGAAUUAUACUGAACGCGGUGAAUUUGGCACCACUUGCACCUCUGGUAUAAUCAACCUGUACAAAACGUUGCGUAAUGCAGGUCUGUUUUUGGAACAACAUAUGUUAUCAUUCAGCCCUUCGUUAUGCAAAAUCGCGAUAUUAUGCCAGAUGAGCUAAGCGCGGUGUUUCACGGAGUGCGGCCGUUCCUUUUAAUCGGGCCGCGUGGAAUUUUGAGGAAAUGCGCUAAUACUAACAUAAAUAACGUACGUUUUCGAGUGGUGCGAGACGAAAAUUUCAAAUGCAAAGACUUCAUAUUGCAGGCAUAGCGAAAAUUAUUGCAGUCACUAGUACUUUCUCAAUUUUAUAGAAAUAUAAAUAGCACAGCACUGCCGUUCUACGCAUAAUUGUCCCAUGUUGCUUUUUGGUCAUUUUCACUUUUUUUAAUCAAACAGUCCUUUUUGAUGUAUAUUUUCAGAAAACACAUCCAAAUCAUAAAGUUUGUUUGAAGACUUCGUGAAAAAAUACCAAGUCUGUUUGUCCCAUGGUUGAUAUUCUACGCAUAAUUGUCCCACUAACAAAAAUCCCAAAAAAGUGCGCAAUAAAAAAAUAAUUACGUAGCGUUUAGUUAAGAAGUACAUUACGCUAGAUAUCGGUCACUGAAAAAAUUGAUGGAAAAAUACAGGAUCAUUAAAAAAGAGAUGGCAGUGGCAAUAUUAAUUAUAGCAGUGAGAACAAUCCUGUAAAGCUCUUCAUUACUAUCGUCGCUUGCAUAACAUGGCGAACGCAUCUAGGAUAAUGAGCCUAUUUUCGCAAUGUUUCUAUUAUCACGCUACCCAUUUAAAGCCGUUGGUUAGUGCAGCGUUUGCUAUCUUUGUUCAACAAAUUGGAUCAAAUGGUAGGGCGACAAUUGGAGCACUCGAUUGGAACUUUAGUUGCGAUCAAACACUAGCAUUUUAUCGUUUUCAGGCCAUUUGUGUUAUUAGAUUGGUUCUUAAGAACGAAGCAAGGUUGUGAAUGCCAAAAUAAUGCACUCCAUCGAGUGUAGGCAGAGUAAUUAAUGAUCUUGUGUGGUACCCUUCUAAAUACAGUAAAAAUAGGUACUUUAUCCUAUUUCCAAUUUUGAUGAAGCAACAAAUCUCCCGAGUAACAGAAAA